AUGGCCACGGGAGCUGUGAAGUUUGUGUGGAGGAUCUUGGGGGUGCUGUGUGAACAUCGAGUCACUGCGUCUGCGCUCGGGGUUUGCAAUAGCGGAGAGCCCCCGGAUCCGGAGCAGGCGCUGAGCCCCGCCCAAAGCCGGGCCCCCUUGAGCGCGGCCAUCCGGCGGCUGCAGUGGCGCGGCGGCGCCUCCGGAGGCUCGCUCGUGGGGCCGCUGGCGCGGGACCUGGGGCUCAGCGCGGACGAGCUGCCGGCGCGCAAGCUGCAGGUGGCGUCUGCCGGCAAGAAGCAGCUGAAAUACUUCACGGUGAAUGAGGAGAACGGGAACCUGUACGUGAACGAGAGGCUGGACCGGGAGGAGAUGUGCGGCGAGUCGGCGACGUGUUCUGUCAGCUUCGAUGCGUUGGUUCACAACCCGCUGAACGUUUUCCACGUCGAGGUGGCCAUUGAGGACGUGAAUGAUAAUGCGCCGCGUUUCCGGCGGGACAAAUUCCAACUGGAGAUCAACGAGCUGACUGCUCCCGGUGCUCGUUUUGCCGUGGGAAUGGCUGACGACGCGGACGUGGGCAGUAACUCGCUGCAGGGCUACGAGCUGGAGGCCAACGGGUACUUCGCAGUGGAGGUGAAGGAGAGCCAGGACGGCAGCAAGUUCGCGGAGCUGGUGCUUCGUCACGCCCUUGACCGAGAGAGCGAGCAGAGUCUCCAACUGGUGCUGACUGCGCUGGAUGGCGGAGACCCGCCCAGGACUGGCACCGCCCAGCUUCUGAUCAACGUCACCGACGCCAAUGACAACCCGCCCGUGUUCGCGCAGGACCGGUACCGCGUCAGCCUGCGCGAGAACACUGCCCCGGGAUCGACGGUGCUGAACGUCUCUGCCUCCGAUGCUGACGAGGGCACCAACGCCCGCAUCACCUACGGCUUCGGGGAAAUGCCGGCCAAAGUGCUCCAGAAAUUCAUUAUGGAAGAGGAGACAGGGACGAUCACGCAGAAAGAGCCACUGGAUUUCGAGGAGACGCGAGGUUACGUGUUGUUGGUGGAAGCAAGGGACGGCGGUGGUCUGGUGUCUCAUUGUAAGGUGGAGGUAGAAGUGCUGGACGUGAACGAUAACCCACCAGAGAUUACGGUACUGUCGUUGUCGAACCCGGUGCCCGAAGACGCGCCGACUGGAACCGUGGUGGCCGUGCUGAACGUCGACGACCCAGACUCCGGCGAGAACGGUCAGGUGUCGUGCGAGCUGUCGGGCGAGGCGCCGCUGUCGAUCGUGGCGUCCCCGGGCGGCUCGUACAAGGUAGUGACGGCGAGCGCGCUGGACCGCGAGCAGGCGUCCGAGCACCGCGUGACGGUGGUGGCCCGGGACCGGGGCAGGCCGGCGCUGUCGAGCAGCGCGGAGCUGGGCACCUUGCCCUAUUCCUACAACCUGUGCGUGGCGGCGCCGGCCCGCGCCGUGCCCGAGGCCGCUUGGCCGCCGCCGCCGCCGGUGCCCGUGCUGUCGGCGGAGGAGCUUCUGGGCGCCGAUUCCUGCGACAAUCCCAGCUCGAACAGCAGCGGCGUGACGGCGGAGCCGCUAUCAGACGCGGACGCGAUUCAGAGUCNCGGCGCCGCCUUCCCGGCCGACUUCUGCGAGGGCACCUUGCCCUACUCCUACAACCUGUGCGUGGCGGCGCCGGCCCGCGCCGUGCCCGAGGCCGCUUGGCCGCAGCCGCCGCCGGUGCCCGUGCUGUCGGCGGAGGAGCUUCUGGGCGCCGAUUCCUGCGACAAGCCCAGCCCCAACAGCAGCGCCGUUGUGGGAGAUCCUCCCUCGGUCCUUGACGCACCGCAGAGUCUGUUGUUGAAGGUGGUUUUGAACAAAAACGAUAAGACUAACAAUAAGCUAGAGGAACCACACCCACGGAAUGCCUCCGCCUUUCUCCCGAUCGUGAUGCCCUGGAAAAUCAAAGCAGAGAUCGGCUGGAGAAACGCGGAGGCAGGAGAUCCGCGCUGGGCGAAAAACGACUUCUCCGUGGCGANGGAGGAGCUUCUGGGCGCCGAUUCCUGCGACAAGCCCAGCCCCAACAGCAGCGCCGUGGCGGCGGAGCCGCUCGCAGAUCCGGACGCAAUUCAGGCGUCAGGAGAAAUGACAGCUUUAGUACCUCUGGACUGGACGCUGCCUCUCCGUAAGGACUUUGCCCGCCUGCGAAAGCUGCCCUUGGUCAGCGCAUGGCGGGCAGCGCUCGGCAGCGCUCGGUGCUGCAGUGCCGAGAGGAGGCUGCGGGCGCCGCUGUUGACNUCUUUUUUCGUUCGGCGGCGGGCGGUUUGCGAGAGUCCCCGCGGUGCGGAGCGGUGCUACAACGAGACGGAAGGACCGGCGGCAGAAGCCGGGAGAGCUGAGCCGGGGCCUGAGUUGAAGAAGGAGGCGAAUCGGCAGUCGGAGACGGGGAAUUGCCGACCGCGGUGCGGUGACGCUACGGAGAUGUGCGCGGCGGGGAGGCGCUGGGGCCGGCGACAGCGAGCUCUGCUUUGGGUGAUCCUGAUGAUGGCGUGGGAGGCGGCGUGGGGGCAGCUGCGCUACUCGGUGCCCGAGGAGAUGCCCAAGGGCUCGUUCGUGGGCGACGUGGCCAAGGACCUGCGGCUGCAGCUGCCGGAGAACGGAGACCAAGGCGUCCGCAUUGUCUCUGAAGGUACGACGCAGUAUUUCGCUCUACAUGGGAAGACGGGACAUUUAGUGACGGCGGAGAGGAUCGAUAGAGAGCAGCUGUGCGAGAAUGUGCAGCAAUGCGUGCUGCGCUGUGAGCUGAUAGUGGAGGGGGAAAUGAAGGUGUACGGAAUCCAGGUGGAAAUCACGGACAUGAACGACAACGCGCCCAGCUUCCGAGACGCAGAAAAGGAAUUGAAAAUGAGCGAGAUGACAGCCCCAGGAUCGCGGUUCCCUCUAGCCCAAGCCCACGACCCGGACUCCGGUCGAAAUUCCUUGCAGAGCUACGAGCUGAGUGGUGACGAGCACUUCUCGCUGGCCGUGCAGGCGGGCCCCGGCGGCGAUCAGCGUCCCGAGCUGGUGCUGGCGAAGGCGCUGGACCGGGAGGAGGCGGCGUUUCACGAGCUGGUGCUGAGGGCGAUGGACGGCGGCGAUCCGGCACGGACGGGCACGGCUCGGAUCCGCGUGAAGGUUGUCGAUGCGAACGACAACGCGCCCGUGUUCAGCCAGGCGGAGUACACGGUGCGUGUGCCCGAGGACGUGCCCGUGGGCUCAACUCUCAUAACCCUCAAGGCGAUAGACGCCGACGAGGGGCUGAAUGGGGAAAUUGAAUACUCAUUUAAGAAAAUCAAAGAGAAGUCCUCGCAGGUUUUCCAGCUGGACAGCGACACGGGAGCGAUCAGCCUGUUGCAGAGCCUGGACUUCGAGGAAGGAGACUCUUACGAACUAGAGGUACAGGCACAUGAUGGAGGAGGCCUUUUUGACACAACGAAAGUCGUGGUCACUGUGACAGACGUGAACGACAAUGUGCCAGAGAUUUCGGUGAGGUCGGCACUGAGCGAGAUCUCGGAAGACGCCCCAUCGGGAACUGUCGUGGCUCUGCUUCACGUGAGGGACCGGGAUGCCGGGGUUAACGGCGAACCGCGGUGCUCGCUCGCUGGGGGCGUCCCGUUCCGACUGGAAAAAUCUUUUGAUGAUUACUAUCGCGUGGUGACAUCGAGAGAGCUGGACCGAGAGCAGGUGUCGGAGUACAACGUGACGGUGCGGGCGGCCGACGGCGGGUCUCCGUCGCUGCAGAGCAGCGCGGUGCUGGCGCUGCGGGUGCUGGACGUGAACGACAACGCGCCGGUGUUCGCGGAGGAGCGCUACAGCGCGCGAUAUGUAGAGAGGCAAGGCAAUGCCCCGUUCGUCUGCCCGCUGUGUUCUGGUUCCUCUUGCUACGGGCAGGUGAACGGCACCUUGCCCUACUCCUACAACCUGUGCGUGGCGGCGCCGGCCCGCGCCGUGCCCGAGGCCGCUUGGCCGCCGCCGCCGCCGGUGCCCGUGCUGUCGGCGGAGGAGCUUCUGGGCGCCGAUUCCUGCGACAAGCCGAACCCCAACAGCAGCGCCUUGACGGCGGAGCCGCUCGCAGACCCCGACAGAAUUCAGGCGGUGAUGCGUUCGGCUGCCCUUGGUCAGGGCAGGGCGGGCAGCGCUCGGCAGCGCUCGGUGCUGCAGUGCCGGGAGGAGGCUGCGGGCGCCGCUGUUGACCGAGAGGAGCGAGAGGNCUACUCCUACAACCUGUGCGUGGCGGCGCCAGCCCGCGCCGUGCCCGAGGCCGCUUGGCCGCCGCCGCCGGUGCCCGUGCUGUCGGCGGAGGAGCUUCUGGGCGCCGAUUCCUGCGACAAGCUGAGCCCCAACAGCAACGCCGUGACGGCAGAGCCGCUCGCAGAUCCGGACGCAAUUCAGGCGUCAGGAGAAAUGACAGCUUUAGUCCCUCUGGACUGGACGCUGCCUCUCCGUAAGGACUUUGCCCGCCUGCGAAAGCUGCCCUUGAGCCACCUGCGCUUCUCGGCCAGCGGCAGCUGCUGCGACACCCUCCCGGCCCGGCCACUGCCCGACGAGCCCGCGCCGCUGCUCGGGGACCAGGACCCUCCCGGCGCCAUCCCCGUGGAUCCCUCCGCUCCCUCG